UAAUUAGAGGAAGUAAUUACUACUUUUAAAGAAUGUUUAUGACGUUUUGAUGACGUAAACUUUCAUUUGGUAAUCCUCCGUUUUAACAGAGCUGCACAAACUUGCAUAAAAUGAACCACAAAUACUCUCUUUAAAAUAUUUGAUUUGUACAUGUUAUGCAAGCGCUUUGAACAUACACUGCAGUUCUCACCUUACGUUUUAAACUGAGGACAGCGUGUGGUUACAACAUUGAUCCAUUCAGUGCAAAUAUAAAUAUCAACAUACUCUAGUGAGCAGCUGCACUGGGCUGGCUUGUAGAAAUAUAGGCUGAUUGUGGCAAAGAGGGGAAAAAGAUGGAUAGAAAUUUAUUAACCUGCUUGCUGCGUGACUCAAUCUCACACACAACUACAGCAUUUUCCCUUUACAAAAGUCGCUUCAUGCAAACAAGCCCUUCAAAUACUCUGGGCUUGAUUGACAGUAGAACCAACCAAACAGAUGUGUCCACCCAGGCGUUGACUCUUCAUGAGCAAAGUGCUGGGCGAGGCCAGGCAGCCGUGUUUGAAAGUCUGGGGAAGGUGGACAAACAAGUGGAAUCAAACAGCGCACAGUUACAGAGUGAUUACAACCACCAGCGGGGUCGCGAAAACAAUAACAUAAACAUGGCUUAUGUGAAGACAGUGACAGCCGGGGAAUGUUUUAGCAAUCAGUCUAAUUCUACAUUGGCUCUGCCACCCGCCGACAAGCUCAGCACAUUGGCCCGAAUGGACAGUGAGAAGAGAGUGGGCAGCCAGGUGCGCAUGAUGAUGGAGAAUAAGCGAAAUCAGCAAAGGUCUGUUAAAAAAGAAUUGGCAAAUGGUCAGUGGAACAUGAACCAAAGAGAGAUCUUUGAUUUUGGAAAUUCAUUUCGAAGUAUGACCAUCAAGAAUCAAGGAACGCAAAGGCGCAAGGGUUCACAGUAUGAUGGCACCAUGAAAGAAUUUUCCAGCACAGAAACUUAUGCAACAGGAGUCCCAAGAGAAUACCAGCAAAAGAGCCAUUUUAGCUCCUUUAGUGUGAAGGGGAAACGAACAAUCAGCAUGCCAUCACAUUAUCGAAAACAUUCUGGUCCACAAAGUCCAAUGGGUGACAACGAAGUUUUCUACAGACAAAUGGCAAGCAGUCGAAGUGAACCAGAUCUCUUAAAUAUGCAAAAUACACAGACUAUAAGAAGGCUGAGAAGCAAGUACCGGCCUCCAGAUCGGACCAAGAGCCUUUAUGCAAGGCGAAGUAUUAUCCACACUUCUUCAAUGCUCCCAGACACUAAAAGUCAGGAAAAAGAAAGGUUAAAUUUACAGGCUUCAAGGAUUCAAAGUACUAAAAGAGGAAGUACUAUUUAUAGAACAGCAAAUGGAAUACGAGACUUUGACAGCAGCAUGAAUCUAAAAAAAGCUGUGAUGCUUUUAUCCGAUCAGGAUCCCAGCAUUUUAGCCUACGCUGCUUCUUACAUUCAGCAUGAGUGCUUUAAGGAGGACACGGCUAAAACAGCGAUUUCUGAAAUGAAAGCGAUUCCUCAACUGAUCAACCUCUUGGGAAUCAAAAAUAACAACGUUCAGCAAUCUGUCUGUGGAGCUCUUCGAAAUGCAGUUUACAAGAAUGUCAACAACAAGCUUGAAGUAAAGAAAAAUGGUGGGAUCAAACCAAUCCUUCAGAUCCUGAGAGAAACAAAUGAUCUGGAAACACAGAAGCAAAUAACUGGACUCUUAUGGAAUCUUUCAUCAUGUGAUGAGCUCAAGGAUGUCUUGAUUAAGGAGGCCCUGCCAGCCCUGACUGAGUCUGUAAUUAUUCCACAUACUUCUGAGGAAUAUGGAAAUCCGAGAAUCAAUGAUCCUGAGGUUUUCUACAAUGCUACAGGAUGUCUAAGGAACCUGAGCUCUGCUGGCCAAGAGGGUCGGCAGUUGAUGCGCAACUGCAAUGGAUUAAUUGAUUCUCUCAUGACUUAUACUCAAACGUGUAUCAAUGCAAACCAAGUUGAUGCAAAGUCUGUUGAAAACUGUGUCUGCAUCCUACAUAACCUCACAUACCACUUGGAUACUGAAGUACCAGCUGUGUUCAGCCACAUUAAUGCGAAAGGAAAUGUGCAAAGCCAAAACAGAACAACAAAGAAGUCCUCAGUGGGCUGUUUCAGCCCUGGAAGUGAUCAGUUUGAUGAGCCUGAUUUAGAUAAUAUGCCUUUCCCGAAAGAGGAUGACAACCCUAAAGGUGUUAACAACCUGUCACAUUCAAAAGCAAUCAAAAUGUACACAUCCCUUUUGGGUAAAUCCAAGUCUGAUGCCACAUUGGAAGCUUGUGCUGGAGCUCUGCAGAACCUUACCGCCAGCAACAAAAUGUCAUCAUACCUGAUGAGUUCAAACAUAGUGAACAAAGAAAGGGCACUCCCUCGGAUCGCCAACCUUCUCCAGUCGAGCAACCCAGACAUACAGAAAACUGCAGUUUCAUUGUUGAACAACAUGUCCAGGCACAAUAGUCUUCAACCAGAUUUGGCAUCUCAGACAUUGCCAGAGUUAGCACGACUUCUUCCUGGAGGAGGUAAUAGCUCCAAGACUUCGGAUGACACCAUUGCUUCCGCCUGUAAUAUUAUGCGAAAUCUGGUGCCCAAUAAUACUGCCAUAGCAAAAACAGUACUACAGGGUUCGAUGUUGAAUAAUCUUAUGAGCCUCAGUAAAUCCAGUGCCUACCCCUCAGCUGGUAAAGCUGCCUGUCUCUUCCUCUAUGAAAUGUGGGCGCAGAAAGACUUGCAGAAUUUCUUCAAAAGGGAAGGUUUUAGCAAGAAGGACUUUGUAAAUCACCUGACAUCAGCCGCUGUCAAAUUAGCUCAACAGAAUGCGGGGAGGAUCCCAAGCAAAAAAUUCCUUUAACUGAAAUGUUCAGUACUGUCAAGGUGGAUUCUCUUUUGGUGACUAAAGAUCAUUUCAAUGGAACUCCUAUGAUGCUGAAUUUAUGGAGAAAAUGUGCAUGUUAAGCCACAAGUGAAUCUUGUGCUUUGGGAGUGGGGAGGGGUAAAGUAAAAUGGUCGCAAUUUUGUCUUUGCUUUAACUCGCAAAAUUGAAUAUCACAAGCUUACAGUUCACAAUGUACAUUCAUACAUCAGUGUGACAAAGUUUUCAUCAGGCAACAGGCCUUGCCACAAAAUUUCUAGGCUGCAAUUUUGUGCACACUCAACACACACAAACAUACAUAAAUGAAUUUUUGUCUCUCUCAACAUCCAUACAUAUACACAAACAUACAUACAUACAUUCAACUAAGCAAUUAACUGCUGGGCUGGGAUUGGGUCCUCCACAGCCUUUGUCCAGUGGAGGUCCCCAAAUAGACUCCACCCCAUGUUGCCCAUUGCUAAGUAACUGUUGUCUGUUUUUAGGGACUGCAUGUAGUGCCAGCACUUUACCAUUUCUGUGGCAGGCUGAUCUGAGUUGGGACUUCCAGUUGGAGGAGUCAUUUAUUUCAAGCCAGUUAACAGUCUAACAUGCUGUAAAAUGGCUGUGUGGUGAGCUGACCAAAUGAAAGAAGGCUUGCCCUGAUUUUUUUUUUUGUUUAAGCCAAGGGCAGGCAUCGGCACAUAAAAUUCUGGCAAAUGUGCUUAUUAGUCAGGUUUAAAUUAAUUUAGAUUGUUGCACCAUGACUUUGGGUACACUGGCUACCUGUUAGAAAGUUCUAUGUAAAAUAGCAUCAGAUAAUUUUGUUAAGUUAUUCCUACUGAAAUAAAGUAACUUAGCUGUUUAGCAGAUGACACUUCAGAUCUCCAAUCCUUUCAAUAAACACACAAGCUUUUUUGUAUUCUUCUGAUGCCACCGUCUUGUUAUUCCAAUAUUUGCCUCUGCAAACAUUAAUUAAGAAUGUUAGAAUAACAAAUAUACAUUGAGAAGACAAAUACAUUACAGCCUUGACUUGUUAUGAACAGAUCUAAUUGCAACAGAAAGACAAAGUAAAAAUGUUCACUGUUUCAUUGAAUCUUUUUGAUUUGUGAUUUACACUCUAAGCAUAUAUGUCAUGUAUGUUCUGCUGCUUACACAUGUUCCUUGUUUAUGAAAGUACAUUAUAACACUCUCUUUGAUCUCUUCCGAAGAAAGUAAUAGUUAAAUCCUGCUUAAAAUGCCAUUGUUAAAUAGGAAUUUAUAACUGUUUGACCUGUUAUUUGCCUCAUAUGUCCAUAACCUUUUUUGGUUCAGUGGGAUUGCUAUGUAAACGCAUCUCUCAAAACAAGUUCAGUAAUAAAUCAAACUUAGCAAAUAUUAAAAACAAUUUCACAGUAAAUUAAUCUUCUAAUACAUGAGUUUAAACAGGAUCAAAUGUAAACAACCAUACAAUGGGUUCUAUUGGCAUCUUUACCUUCUGAUUUGAUCUCUGAAGCAGUCAGCAAUGUUGGAUUUCUUUCUGAUAGUUUCCAAAUUUACUGGCAGUGUACCACCACAGCAAAACAAAACAUUGAUAUUGUCCAUUACCCUUUCAAAAUCAUUAAUUCUGAUUUUAUUCAGAAUAUUAAAAAAACUAACGUUGCAUGAAAGUAGUUUGUUAAUCUAGCUUAAAUAUUGCAUAUCAAAUCUUUCAAGCUAUUACUAAUUAAAUUCAUUAGUGAAUGUGCAUUCCAAAUUUACUACCACCCCUUUACAUGAAUACACUUCCAAUAUGACUUACCCAGAUUGUGUCAACAGGCACAGCCUCUGAUGAAGAGUCAUAUGGGCUCAAAAGAUCAGCUUGUUGUCUCUCCAUGGAUGUUGCCUGCCCCACUGUGAUCUCCUGCAUUUACUA